CCUCGACGCCGCGCAGCGUGUCGUGUUUGGCCGCGUCGUGUUUCGGACACAUAUCAAAUUUCAAAACGAAAAUUUGAUAUCGUCGUUGAAUUGUGUUGGAAGUGCUUAAAAGUUUUCGGGUUCUCUGGUAAAUUGACAAGUUUUACCCGUCAGUUGUUUUAUUUUUGUGAUUUGUUUAUUUUUUGCAGUAUUGUGAUUUAGUUUUGCCAAGUGGUCCUUUAGCAACUUCAAUUUAAGUAACAAAAAUGUAGAUAAAAAGCCGUAGGUUGCGUCUACUUUAACUAAAAGUACGAUGUCUAUUGACCAGGCGUCACCAUUGGUGCCCAUCAAACCUCAGAUUGCGUUGCAGAACAGUGCGUUUAUAAAGAACAGUCAUAACCGCAGCAGUUUUUGCGGCGUGACUCCAUCACCCACCAAUGGAAACAGGACAUUUAAAACUUUCUCUGUGAAUCGUAAGAGUUGGAGUGGAAACGUUACCCUUCCGCUUCAACAGUUCGCCGUGGAUGAACCGGCGCCGAAGCUCGGGACAUUUAGAUCUGGUACAGGAACUUUCCCUAGAAACCGGGAGCGGAACAAUAACGGAGCUUCCAACGGAAUAUUAACACCUAACGGGAACUCUGUUCAGACGCUCAGAGGAAAUGAAGUGAGGAGAAGCGGAUGUACUAACGGCCGUCGCUACGCUGAGAUAGGAAACUGGAGUAAAAGGAAUGCUACAUUUCUAGAACCUCAUCUUCAAGGAGUACGGCACAGGGAGAGUCGGAGCUCAGAGUCUGAUCAUGAUGGGCGAUCGACUGAGGAUGACGAGAGAUCUCUCAUCAGAAGCCCGCCUCGAACACGACUGCCGCAGCCGCCGCCCCCGCCGCCAGACGAUGAACCCCCGCCGAUGAAGCCUCGUGAAUUCUUUGAAAGACUGCAAAGCCAAGCUAUGAAAGAAGCUCAGGACAGGAAGCAAAAACGAGAAAUUAAAGAAACGAAUCACCUCUUUCAGCCGCUAGACGCUGAGGGCAGUCUAGGGGAUAGCCUCAGUCAGAGUCGCGAAAGCCUGACGUCUGAUGGAGAGGGCGCAAAAGGUGACUGUUCUUCAGUUGGAUCCUCUGCAUCUGAGUCUGAGGAACAGCCUCCAUGCGACAUUGGCCUUCUGGAGCGCCUAAUAAGAACGCAUCCAGUAUGGUUCCUACCUGGAAUUCAAAGAGCUGGUGCCUUCCAUUUGCUUCAAGGGAAAGAAGAAGGCAACUUCGUGGUGCGGCAAUCGAGUCAGCAAGACACAAUGGCGAUCAGCGUACGCCUCCCAGCAGAUAAAGGCCCCUACAUUGAGCACUAUCUGAUUCAGGCAUCAGGUGGCCGUAUCGGCUUAGAGACUUCCCACAAUCGCUUCGACAAUAUACCUGAACUGAUUGCUCAUUAUUCUCAAUGCUGUGACGAGCUACCUGUUCAGCUUCAAUUGCCGAAGCCGCUUCAAGAAGCUAAAAGCCGUCAUCAAUUGAGUUCCCUCGCUCUCCUCGGUCAGGAGUUUUGGGGAUACCCAAUGGCUAAUUCAAAAACCAAUCUUAAUAAUCUUCUGUCACCUUGUCAAUUGACCAAUGGAAUUGUUCCCAUGGCUGUUACGCCCUCUGAUACUGGUUCUAGUCUUAGUAGUAUUCAUGCCGGUACAGCGGCUAACUCCCGCGAACAAAUUUUAAGUCCAGAUAAGGAUCAGAACGUUGUUCUCAAAAUGUCACCAGUUGAAGCUUCUGGUUCCCCACCGAAACAAACCCAGAAUCUUUCUACGUUCAAAGGUCGUAAUGUUCCAUCGCCACCAGCUAAGCCAACCGGAUCAUUCGUAAGAGCUCCGAGGCCAACGCCACCGAAUACCCUUAACCUUAUAUCCAGUACGGCACACAUAACACAGCCUCAUACAUUUCCUACAACCAAUAAUCAGCAUUCCCCUACACACUCCAGUAGCGUGAAAAUGACUCCACCUCCUCCCCCACCUCGUUGGGCUAAGCCCCCUUUCACAAAAAUGACCCUAUCUCCAAAAUCAGAAGCUCUCGCUUUCAGACCCAUUAAUAAAGCUACAAAUGGAAAUAUAACAGUUACAACAACGGUAACAUUCAGUGUCAACAAUACACAAAUACACAAUCAUCAAAUAAACGAGAGUAUACAAAGCGACCGGCUACAGCUAACGCUUGGCUCUAACACUAUGAACAAUAAUGAUUGCGAAUCCGGCUUCAGCUUAAUGGACGCAACGAAACAUAUAACAGAAUCUAACGGAGAACUACAGAAUAUGAUGCACCGUAUGACACCAGAAGGAGAAUGUAUAAGUACAAUGACAGCUAGUUUACAUGGCAGCUUUAAAAGGCAGAUCGCUGAACAAAGUAACGCUGAUGCGGGAUCACCAUUAGACCAAUCUCAAACAAAUUCAUCCGAAUUAUUAGAUCCUGUCGUAAAUACGUUGACGAAAUCCUGUAAUGGAAGCAACGUUUCUGCUUCCAAUCAAUUAGUUUCACCUAAUGGUACCAAUUCCGUUACAAGUGGCAUAUUUUCACCCACAAGUCAAAUAAAUUCUCCAGUGUCUAAUGAUACGAUUUCUUCAAAAAGUGGUGUAUUUUCACCAAUCAGUCAGAAUAAUAAAAGUGAGGUAUUCUCUCCUACAUUAAGAAGUUCACCAGUUUUUAACAAAACUGUAUUUUCUCCGACUUCUAAUCAUUCUAUUGUGUCUCCUUUAACUGGUAGAGAUAAAGUGUUGUCACCUAAUACUAAUACAACAAGUUCUACACCUUCUGGUAGAUCAAGGAGGAGUAAGCACUCCAUGCGCAAGGAGUCCAAACAUUAUCAGGAAUCAGAUAUUCUUGAAUCCCCUGGAGUUUAUUACAGGAGUUCUCUUGUAGAUAAGGUUAGUGAUUAUGAGGAUAUUUGGGGACCUGAGAGUAAUAAUUGUUCAACUUUUAAACCACAAAAAGCCGAAAAUGACUAUAAUGUUAAUAAUGGAAUAAUGAAAAGUAAAAGACCAGAUCUGCUACCAGAUACACUCCCUAAACCCAAUACAAUUAAGAACGCGCAGUCUGUCCUGGAAAAAGAAAAUCUGAUCAUAUUAAACUCGACAGAAUGUUUAAAUGAAAAGAAAAACUACUCCACCAAUUCUCUGAAAAAGAAGAGCUUUAACGGAUCUAACGAAAUCAUAGCGACCACAAACAGUAAGGGUGAAGUGGUAGCGAAAAGGCCAGAUAAACUGCAUAUCGUGAUGAAUAUGAACAAGAAACUAACAGAGGAGAUUGAAGCAGCUUUAAAAAUAAGAGAGAAUCAUAACAUAGAGAGCAUGGAAACCGUCAAGUUAGAAGAUGAUACUCAGGAUGAUGAUUCGGAUAAAGAACACGCUGGCAGUCCAUUUUAUGCUGAUCCAGUGGAUGCCAUAAAAGAAGCUGCCCUUCUUCCCGUACAACGUCGAAAGCUCCUCAGAUCUGGAAUAAGUCAAUCCCAAAGGUAUUCUGAACCACCAACUCAGAACCAUCCCUAUUAUCCACUCCGUGAUAUGCACAGCAUUGAAGAGCUAUCUCCAUCAUCACCUAAUACAUCAACGUCAGUAGAUAAUCUUGUAUCUCUAAGAGCUAAACCGAAGAUGAAACCAGUGGAGCCACCACGUGUCGCAGCGAAACCACCAACUGGCAAAAAUGAAACUACCUGGGCUGUGGAUUCCAGUUGGCAGUUUAUAACAAAGAACGACGAAUGUUCGAACAGUGACGGCGCAUUUCCUUCUCUAGCGGAACAGGAGAGGCUUAAUGUGGACGAACACUUGCUCACAGUACAUCAAAUUGUCGCUCAAAGACUACCAGAGCUACGUCUGAACGCCGAACCUUUCGCAUUACCAGAUGAAGUCAGAUCGCCUCCUCGCGCAUCUUGCUAUGAUAACGUACAUGACCUUCGACCUAUGUCAGAACAAGCGAGUGACGACGGCACUGUGUUCUCUGAGCCCUGGGACAGCUCUCAGUGGGAUGGAUUAUUGCCACCACCUAACGGACAGGCUUAUGACAAUGAGGAAGUCUGUGAGUGGGAAUCUCCCACCCCAAGACGAGGGGCAGUUCCGGCACGAGCCAAAAGCUUCAAAGAUCGAUUGGAUCCCUUACUUGCAGCGGGACGUGUCCGAGCCUUGCGCGGCGGUCGUACUUCUCGGGGAGCCGGUGCAGCAUUAAGAGCUUACGCUCUGCACUUGGCACAAGAUAAGAGUACUACCUUCGCACAAAACGUGGAUAACUUCAUUGCUUGCACCCUAGACUCUAAGGAAACAUGCCCACAGAUAAUGAUGCGUAACAUGAGGCAGUUUAUGUCGGGUAUGAAAAACUAUUUGGUGAAACACGGCGAGAGAGAAUUCGAAAAAGAAGUAGAGAAAGAGCGACUCAAGUUGAAACCAACUGAGUUCUUAAACCUGGAUGCAAUACUUGAGGGAGUGAUGCACCGCCUCGUGGUGCGGCCGCUUCGCUCGAAAUUGUAUUCUCUGUUGGCGUCGUGGCAUUCCGCAGAUGUGCGUCAAUUACAUUCAGCUAUCGAAAAAGCACAACAUGCUACACCCUUGCAACUUGGUAUUAAGGAAUCGACGAAAGUGCCAUCAACAGCAGUAUUGGCGGUGAUAUCGAAACAUUUCCUCAAAAUGCAAGAAGCCGAUUCUCCCUUGGACAAACUGGAAAAUCUGCUAGCAGCGAUAUCUGUCAUGUUUAACGCGAUUCGUGGAGAGCGUACUCUGGGUGCGGAUGAUCUAUUGCCGGUGUUAGCUUGGACAGUGGCGCGAUGUCGUUUGGUCUGUGCUGAGCUAGAAGCGGAACUGAUGGCUGGGUUGUUACCCGCAGCCUUACUGGCCGGUGAAGGCGGUUAUUACUUAACUGCUCUAUUCUCAGCCGUCGCUGUUCUUAAGAGAUUGGCGCCUGAUCCUGGACCUGAUAGUACGACACCGUGGCGUCGUGGGUCUGGUGAGUCUCGGGAGGUGGGUGUAGCGGUGGUCCGUGUGGCUUUACCAGACGAAUGUCGCGGGUCCAUCCGUCGCGUGGCGCUCCCCUGCCGGCCCGGAGCCCGAGCUAGAGACCUCUGUCGAGCGCUCGCACACGCGGCACACAUUACGAACCCGCAAGACUAUGCGCUUUUCGCCCUACAUGAUGGACAAGAAACAAUGUUAAAUGAGAAUGAUUGUCCACAAGAAGUAAUGUCAGAGAAGAGUGGUCAGAACUUCAUAUUGGCUUAUAAGCGAAUAGAUGCUAAAAUCGCGUGGCCGCAACAAGCACUCUUGUCUUACCCGUAGAACUCGUUAACGUAACGCGGCAGCAAUCUCACUUAUAAGAACAACGUAUAACAAAACUUAUAUACGAAUAAGUAUAGUUUCAUGCUCAGUAACAACAAAUUAUAACGGAUAUUGGAGGUAUAUUUUUGUCAUCUGGAGUGAUAUUUUCUACGAUAUUAACCAAUUAUAAGCGAACCUUAUUUCGUAUAUAAGUAGGCAUUUUAUAGAGCCUUGCUAUUUGCUAUUCUUGCGUACUAAUGUUUUAUCCACGUAGCUUUUUUACCUUUAGUAAGUAACAUUUUAUAUGAUACUAUGACUGAAUAAUUCUGAUUCUCUUUUGUACAUUUGUAUGUGUUUUGUUUCUACCGUGUGUAGUUUAUUUUUUUAUUUAAUUUGUUUUUGUUUUACUUAAUUUUUUUAAUAACCGAUGCAGCCUUAUGAAGGUAGCUUAUCAUUCGGGUGUAUGUAUGUAUAUGUUCCUAAAUUACAAAGUACCCUGAGAAAACUCACCAAAUUUUCGUUUUAAUUUUUAAAAAAACUAAAACCUAGUUCUAAAUUCAUUUUAAAAAACCUUUAUUCUAACUUUUAUAACGCUAUGUUUAUUGAACUGUGAUGUAAUUUGUAUUAGUAAGGUAAGAUUUAUAUUAAUUUUGUAUAUUCGUAGAGGAUUUUCUUAAUAUAAUUUAUUUAAAUUUAGCUUAAGAUUCUGAACGGUUCAGUUGUAAUGGAGUGACGAAUGAAUUGAGGCGUCUGAUAGGGCUUUUAUAACAAAGUCCCUGGCUUUGAAUCAAAGUUAAUAAAAUGAAAUGUUUGAAAAAAAAUCCUUGACGUCUUAAAGUUUAUUCGUCAUACAACGUAUUCAGAUACGAUGGCUUUGUCACUCAUAAUAAUACAAUUUACAUAUUUUCCUACAGUUCUAAGCUUUUACCAUUAAAUAAUAUUAUGACAUUCCAUUUCACGCAAUAUAUAUCUUAUAUAUAUAUAAAAUAUUUCUUAAAUUUCAGAAAUUUUUAAUGUAAGAACGAAACUUACUUAUAUUAUAAAGCUCAGUCGCCAUGAGUGAAUAGGUUGCUUGAUAUAAACUGCGUAUAUUGUUAGUUUUCCGAUUUUAAACCAUAAUAAUAAUAAUAAUAAAUAGUGCUUAAACUAAUGAUUUACUUUAAAUCUAAGUAUAUUGUAUAAUUUUUCGUCUUUUAGUUAAAGAAAACUGAUUUAAAGAGGAUAUUCAUUCAUAAGUAGUUAUAAAAUGUCUUAACGUGUCUGUGAAUGAAUAAUUAAUUGAACAAACCAAUGAAGUAAAUGAAAAAAUACUAGUUUUCUUUAACUGUAAGGCUCAUGUAACAAAAUCAACGAAUACAUCUAGCUUAUAGACAUGUUACCAAAAUUAUUACACGCGUGUUAUGUUUUAAAAUAGCUUAAGUACUAAGUAGAUUUAUUUGCCUAAAAUAGUAUAAAAUUUUCAAAAAAGCCGCGUAUCUGUAUAUGUUGGAAGUAAGCGGUAUUACUACAAAUAUAAAUUUACAGACCACAAAGUUAAAUAUCUGCAUUUCUCGUUAUGAAUUUCGUCAUCCAUGCAGUCAUUACAAGACACACAUUUUUAAAAUUAGAUUAAAAAUGUUUUAGAAUAUCUCACACAGAUAAAAUGUUCAUAUUUGGUGAUAUUAAAACAGAUGCAAACUUGUCACUGUUUAGUUUGUAGUAAUACUGAGUGUUUAAAUGCAGUUCGUAUUUAUUGCAGUCUUGUAUUUUAAAGUUAGCCAACACGUAUAUUGUGUUUUGAUAACAUUUCAGUCAUUUGUGAAAAUUAAAAGAAAAUUUUUAUGAAA